UUCAACAGUGUUUGAUAUUAAACAUGACGGAAAAAAGGAAAGAACAUAGAUCGUUCGAUCUAAAACAGUACUCAUUUCCAACAGAACAAAUUCCAAGAUUAAGCAUUACCGAUCCGGAAGCAGAGAGUAGAAUUUCUAAAGCGCUUCCUGUGGUGUUAACAGAUACCAAUUUGGUUACCUCUGCUUUACAUUGGGACUUGGAGUACCUUUCCAAAAAUAUUGGAGAUGGAGACUUUGUUGUGCACAUUUCCAAAAACAAAAAUUUCCAAUAUUUUGAUGAUAAAAAGUCUGAUAAUGUUAAAGAAUUCAGAAAGCCAACUGAAAAAGAAGACAUGAAAUUUUCAGAAUUUGUGGAAAAACUACAAAAGGCGAAACCAGGAGAGGACAGGCUUUACCUACAACAGAUUCUACACGAUACAGUGGGGAAGAAAGUCAUCAAGGAUUUCCUUGGCUUCAAUUGGCACUGGGUGACCAGGCAACAAAAAGAUAAUAAUUUUGGAGAAAUGACCUCAAAUCUCCUUUUGGUUGGAAUGGAAGGAAAUGUUACACCAGCACAUUACGACGAACAAGAAAAUUUCUUUGCCCAAGUUCGAGGCUACAAAAGAUUUAUUCUCUUCCCACCAUCUCAGUUUGCCUGCAUGUAUCCAUACCCUAUAUAUCACCCGUGUGACCGUCAAAGUCAGGUUGACUUUGAUGAUCCAGACUUCACAAAAUUUCCAAAAUUCAAAGAAGCUUGUGGUAUGGAAGCUGUCGUAGGUCCAGGAGAUGUUUUAUAUAUCCCAAUGUACUGGUGGCACCAUGUUCAGUCCAUUCCUUCACAUGGCUACACUGUUUCUGUGACAUUCUGGUACAAGGCAGGGCAAUCAGAAAAGAUUGAAUACCCACUAAAACCUCAACAAAAGGUGGCCAUGAUGAGAAAUAUAGAGAAGAUGAUACACCAAGCAUUAAACAACCCAUCAGAGAUGCCAGAGUUUAUGAGCAGUAUGACAUUGGGACGAUACACCUGAACACGAUACAUCACCAACCCUGUAUAUUAAACUAAACUGUGAUCAUCUUUUAUCUCCUGUAAGGAACUGUUGGUCUCCUGUUAGAAUUGUUUGUAAUUCUUUUUUAUCAAAUGUCAUUUGUCUCAAUGUUUCAGUGUUUACUGACACAACAUGACUGAUUGAUGCUUUUGUUUCAUGAUGUUUGUUAUCCUUAGGAAGUCAGUCAUUUGUGGAUGUUAAAACCAAUGUUUCAUGCUGAAUAUGUGUUAUUUUAUCAAACAUUGAAACUGUAGAAUUAAACAGAUUAAAAUAAAUAUUUUUAUAACCCUAA